AUGGUCUGUGAAAGCCCUGACGCCGAUGUAGAGGAGAAGCGCAACAAUCAGGAAGCCGCUGAAGAGAGGAGCGAAGAAGGUGCCAUGCGCGACGAAAGCCUGCCCAGAGAAAUGUACGAAGAUGCCAUGCGGGCCGAGAACCAUGUCUUCCUGGACAAGGACAAGCUGGCCAGAGAACAGUGGGACUUCACAGUGUCUCAUCUUGGUAGCAAGAAGACACGCCACGUCUCUUGA